UGUAAAAAAUAAUAAUAACAAUAAUACCUAUACAAAAAAAAAAAGGGAAAAAAAUAAUAAUAAUAGGCAACGUCAACAACAAUACAUACCGUACAUGGCGACUAGCAGACACGAUCCCAGCAACGCCGAAACGCUCAGGAUGUCCACGCUACAGGCCCGGCACCGGGGCCACAACAUACCGGACGGCGUGACCACGUUCAACGAGAUCGAAUACGACCGCGAGGGUGGCGUGUUCCUCAACCGGACCAAGAUCGUGUUGCUGGUCAUCAUCGUAUUCCUGUUGACCGCGUUUUCAGCUUUUCUCGGGCGCUACACGGCCGAACGACAGCUGAGACAGUACAUAUAUCGUGAUUCGUUCGUAAAGAAGGCUGAAUCGGGCGUUGCGGACAACCAAAUACCAUUUUUGGCCGUCGAGCCGGAGAGUUACAAGGUUUUUUUGGACCCAAAAUUGUAUGACGCCGAUGGAACGGUUUCCAAACAUGACGUCGACUACAGUGGCAGAGUGGAAGUGAUUUUCCGACCCAAAACCGAUACGUCCGUUAUUAGUUUGCACAUAGGAAAUUUAAAAAUCGACGAUGACACGAUGCUAAAGCGCAGACUAAGUAUGGACACGCCGACCGAGCAAGUCCUAAAAGACGAUUCUAAGUACGAGCUCAACACUGAAGUAGACGAAAAACAGGAGACACUGACGGUGACCGUUGGUGAAACUCUGAAAUCUGGACAUUAUUACAGUUUGUUCGUGAACUUCACGGGCACCAUCGGUCAGAAUCCUGACGGGGGAUUUUUCAAGGUCGUAUUCGAUAAAAAAAAAGCCGUCAAGAACCAAUGGUAUGUGGCAACAAAAUUAGCUCCUCGCAAGGCAAGACAUUUAAUGCCCUGUGUGGAUAAUCCAAAGCACAAAGCCAUUUUUGAAAUGAGUGUGGUCAGAAGCAAGGACACCAAAGUUAUUUUCAACACCCAAGUUAGAGCAACGGAACCAUACAAUGACAAUCUAUUCGUAGAUCAUUUUGAGAAAACCGGACUUAUCAGACCAGACUCUUUAGGAUUGUUUAUGUCAAACUUUAAGUCUAAUCCUAUACCAACAGACAGUUCAUUAGAACUGACAGUAUGGAGCCCCGAUUCAACUGAUUCAAUUGAAAUGAUCACAGACGUAGUGCCAAAAACGUUGGAUUUCAUGACGUCAUAUUUGGCAACCAAUUUUCCGACUAACAAACUCGAUAUAGUCGUUGUUCCCGGUGAAGUCAUGACUACAGCCGAAAGUCCAGGCUUAAUCAUGAUUAAAGAUUCAAUUUUAGGUACCAUAGAUAAAUCGUCAAUCAUCGAAUACCAAAAAUCCGUAGAGUCGAUGGUUGUACACGUCAUUCGACAAUGGCUUAUGCCAUUGCGAGGGCUCGAUCGAGGAAGUAAUGAGGACAAAUGGCUAAACGAAGCUAUCGUUAAUUUUCUCAAAAUAGUGAACAUCGAUCACAUCAAACCUGCCUGGAAUUUCGGAACAAGAUUUCCACUGGAUACGAUUCAACCAGUCAUGUUUUACGAUAGUUGGACAAAUUCAGAGCCACUGGCUAACUAUGAACACCAUACAGAAAUAUAUAAAUACAUAAAUUCUGUGAAAGGUACGUCAAUAUUGAGAAUGUUGAACAAUACUUUUACCGAAAGUAUUUUCAAACAGACCCUAAGAGAAUUCGUACACACAGAAAUUUACAAAUAUAAAGAUACGAUAAGUUUUUGGACAUUGUUGGACGAUAAUGCCAGAAAUAAAUCCAUCAAACUGCCAGAAAGUUCUGCUGUCUUGCAAAUUGUGAAUACAUGGAUGAAAAAUAAAAACUAUCCAUUGAUCAAAUUACAAAUCGACGGCGACGAUUUAGUUGUAAAACAAUUUCGAUUCGAUUAUGAUGAACCUAAACCCACUAACGAUUGGGUAAUACCAAUUACUUUGACUUCUGGUGCUGCGUAUAGCACAACAGUAUGGCUAGAAAACAAUCCAGAAACCAGAGUCCCAGGAUAUAUUUCAGCAUCGAAUGGCACAUGGAUAUUGGUCAACCAAUACCAAACAGGUUAUUACAGGGUGGCAUACGAGGAUGCUCUUUUAGAUAGAAUAUCUUACGAGAUAAGUAAUGGUAAAUCGUUUGACGAGUACAUUGUGGCACAGUUAAUCGAUGACAUUUUUGAAGGAGCUUUUGCCGGUGUUAUCGGAUUUAGCGACGCUUUAGGAUUCCUAGAAAGGGUUAUUCAAAAAGCCGGUCCAAAUUCCGGGUACUGGGAUGCAAUUUUUAAUGCAUUUAAUAAAAUAGAAGUUGUGUUGCACAACACUAAACAUUACGAUUCUCUGUCGGUUUAUAUGGAAACGGUGGUUGAGAAAGCAUAUGAUAUGUUCCAAGCCAGUACAAUUGAUUCACCUGACAAAAUAUUAGGCAAAAUGGAUACAUCAUAUUUUGCUGGACGUGUUGAAUUGAAAAAAUGUGUCUGGUGGGCUAGAGAACAGUUUAAUAAUUGGAAACAGGCUACAACUGAAAUAAAUCCUAUCGCACCGAACGAUCGUAAAUCCGUUUACUGCACUGCCAUGCAAUAUGCCACCAAGUACGACCAUAGAUUUAUGUUGAGUAAAUACGCAAGUUCUAAGUGGACACUAGAUAGAAAAUCCAUAGCCAAAAGCUUUUCGUGUUCACGAAAUUCACAAUUUUUACAAAAGAUAUUGUCUGCGGAAGAAGUGAAAUUCGACGACUUGGCCGACAUUUGGCAAUCGAUUUUAGAUAAUCCAACAGCGGGUCAGUACCCAUUCAAUUAUUUGAGAAACAACUGGGAAACUUUAAAUCAAGAAUAUGCAGAUACUAAUGUUGGGUUAUUGAGUACGAUGUUACAUGCAGGGAUUCGAGCUUUAAAUAGCUUAGCGGAUCUCGAAAUAUUACAGAGCUUUAAUGAAAAAUAUUUCGGCAACACCGUCGAAAACCGGAAUCCAACAUUAUUGGAAGUCUUGCAUUUCGAAGAAGAGAUACUCAGACAAAAGAUCAUUUGGAAGGAAAAAUAUGAAAACGUGAUAUCAAGUUGGAUAACACCGAAGGCAGCCAAGAGCGAUCUUAGAGCCUACAACAUUGACGGAGGACUAAAAUCCAAGACCGAAAAUGUCAAACGCGAAAGCGACGAUAUAAAGUCGGAUAAAGAAAAACUGUCGGACACAGGUUCUGUAAAAACCGAAGAGACUAAACAAGAAAAUAUCACUCCUCCCAAAACGGAUGCGUCCGAAGCAGAUCGACCCGUGAUAGAGGAGACGAGCAAAAAUCUUUUGGGCGAAAAACCUGAACCCGCCGCGAUGAUCGCUACCAACGAAAGCGCACCGCCUGCUGUGACUGUAGCAGCCGGAGAAAGUGCGCCGGCUGCCGUCGAACAAAUCAAACCCAUCGCCGCCGAAGAAACGAAAACGGCCGCUGAUGAAAUCAAACCGGCCGCCGAAGAAAAUAAACCAAAUGCCGAAGAAACUAAUAAACCCACAGCCGUGGCAGCGGCCGAAACUAAUAGUAUGUCCGCGACGGCCGAAGUCGAAAAACUCGCGGGCCCUGCGAAUUUAACUGAAGCACGCGAGUCGGCACUUGUCGGCGGAGGACUCGAAAACAAAGCCAAUAGCCCCGACCAGCAGACGCCCGAGGAGAAAAAACCCGAACCGGUCAGGAAAAGUAGAUCUAAAAAAAAUAAAAUUCUCACACGCGAGUGAACACAAGUAUAUUUUAAAACUCACUAGUUAAUAAACGAUACAAAUUUAAUUAUAAUACUAUAAAAUAGUAUACAUCGUCGCAUGUAAAAAUAUAAUCCCUCGCUGACACGUGGUAAAUUGUUUCCAGAAAGAUUAUCGACGGAAAUUAUGGAAUAAUUGAUGUUACUGUCGUUAUUCAAUAAUUUCCGCCAUUCCACAAUAUUCACGCUCGACAUUCCUUUAAAAUAAAUACAAUCGUUUUGAAUUAUAUCAUGGGCAAUUUAUAUAAAACCAUUAAUCGUACUAAUAAAAUUUGUCAUAUUAAAAUUUAUUGUUU